AUGUCGGCAAAAAAAGACACUUGCCAUAUUCCGGAACAUUUGGAAAUCAAACGACUGCCGGUGACGUUCGCCAUCCUGCUGCUGUGUGCCUCAAGCUGUUUAGCCAAGCCUUACCACCGGCCACCAGGCUACUAUGCGCCUGCACCUGUCGGUCACGACGGUCGCGUCGUCGACACGCCGGAGGUCGCCCAGGCCAAGGCCGCCCAUCUUGCGGCCUUCUCGAAGAUUGCUGCCCGGCCUGUGGCACACUAUCCCGGAGCUGAUCACUAUACGGCUGCUGGUGCUGCGCCUGCUGCCGCUUAUGGACCUUACUCCAAUCCUGGAUACUUCAGCAGCAGGAUCCAACACGGAGCUUACCCUUACCGCGGACCACCCGCUCCUCUCGCUCAUGACGGUCGCGUUCUUGACACACCCGAAGUAGCUCAAGCCAAAGCAGCCCACUUCGCAGCCUUCAGCCAAGCAGCUUCCCGUGCCUACGACGCCCCUCAGGCCUCAAACCAAAACGCUUACCACCACCAGCAAAGCGCCGAGGACUACGACUCGGGCGUCUACCACGCCAACAACGACGACGACGACGGCAGUGGUAGCGCCGAGGGCUACUACGACGGCCAGGCAUCCGCUCCGUAUCAGGGCCCUCCAGCUCCUCUUGCCCAGGACGGCCGCGUUAUCGACACCCCCGAGGUCGCCCAGGCUAAGGCCGCUCACCUUGCCGCUCUCCAGAGAGCUUCAUCGCAUCAGGCGGCCUACACUGCACCAAGGCCUUACUAUGCGGAUUAUUGAGGGUAGACGUUUAGAUGUAGAUUAAAGAUGCGUUAAGCUGAUUUCGGAAGCUCGAAGCGGCUUUUCAACAGAUACCGAUGUUCCUUUUCUUUCUUGCUUUCUUAUUUUGGGAAUCAGAUAUAGAUACGAAAAGAGAAUAAUUUUUUGAAUUUUACUGCAGCUUGUGAACGUUUUAGUUGAUUUAGAGAUAUAAUGCCGAUUUAACGAACUGAUAAUUUUUAAUAUUUGAGUAUUAACGGUUGAUUGACUUUAAGAUAACUACUACACGAUAUUAUGCUGUUUUAGUAGUGAGUAAAAAUAUAAUUGCUAUGAGAGAAUAUUUCAAUAGAAUAAUCAGUUUUCGAAAGAAUUUAUUUGUAAAUACAACUUUUGGUCCGGAGUUGUAAAAGUUGAUUGAUUAUUUAUAAACAAGUACGUUCUGAUUUGGUUUAUUAUAGAUUAUAGAGUAGAAGAUCAUUUUACAUACCCCAAAGGUUUGUAUAAUCGAGAAUAAUCGACACUUGAAAAUGUUAAAUUUAAAAAUAAAUUGUGAAGCAAAGUUUUAGAAAAACUUUGCUAUUUCUGUGAAUAUAUAUAUAUAGCAUAAGAUAUGU